UUUCGCAUGUAUUUCGCGAUGCGGGCAAUCCGAAUAUCCUCAUGUACGCGUGUUCGGCCACCACUCCAGGCGACAAAGAACCCUCGGCCCCCACAUGUAGGCCUUCCACACCGGAACAGACUUGCGGCCUUUUCAACAUCACCGAUCAACUGCAAUGAGUCGCGAUCGUCCACUCAUAAGCCCCACAUUCCUGCUCCGAAGAUGAAUGCGGAUGAAUUAAAGUUGGCCUUCGGCGAGUUUAUGCCUGACCCGAACGCCUGGAGUCGCGAACAAUUAGAACAACAUGAAACCGUCAACUCUGUCAUCCCGUCUGAAAUGAUGCUUCGUUUUCUAUCUACAUGCUUACCAACUGGAGAAUUACCCGGUGGGAUGCAGAGCCGCUUUCCUCAAUUGCGAGAUGAGGAUAUCUUGCUUCUAAUGCAACCAUACAGUACCUGGGCACCAGCUCCUCAUGCCCAACACGAGUACUCUCUGUGGAUCAGAAGUAAUGAAUUUUUCUCCAAGGGACAUUUCAUGGAAGGAGACGAACAUCCACGAGGGUCCACAAUGUUCCCGGCACGACUUACACCUCUCAAGGCAAGGAUCUUGAGCGGUAUGGAGCCGAUGUGCGAACAUCGCCGCAAGGAGAUGAAGCUUGAUGAAUUGACGAACAUCAAUCAAUUUCUUCGGUUUUUGGAUGAGAUCGACUCUGUGUUUGCGUAUUGGAAUCUUCCAGAAGUUCAAGAGCAUCUGCGUAUAUCAUUUAAGGUCUUAAGCGCGAAUUUCAGACAGUUCGACGAAGCCUUGAAUGCAAAACAUAGUGGAAGUUGGUUUCGGAAGCCGACCAAUACUGCUGAGAAAUGGCAUGAGUUUGUGCAUGCUAAUUUCACUGCUAUAUCGGCAAGGACAUAUCAGUGGGUCAGACGCAGCGUCCAUGAGCUAUAUGCUCAGUGCGAUGCCGAAUACGAGGCCGCCAUCGCUGCUGCAAAAGAUGACUUGGCCGCCAAGGUCGCGGCUGGCAAAAAGCUCCACGCUCGCUACGGUCUUCUCUCGCCGAGUCUGCUCAAGGCCUGUGUGAUGCUCAACAUAAAAAUGCCAGACUUUGGACCGGAAUUCCCGCCCUUCAUACCGCCGACUACCAGCGAUCCCAAUGCAUUGAAAAUCCAACUGCAGAAAAUGACUAGUUCAAUGUCUUUUUCAGUGAAGCGUGCCCUGAAGGAACACAAAGAGCCAGACAAACUUCUCGCCGACCCUGAAUUCAUGAAACGCUGGACCGAAGAGGAUAGAAACAAUCUUACUCUCUCAUUGAAGCAAACUCGGCCGGAGCCGAACCAGAAUCUAGGCGAAGAGUUCUGGAUCACAUGUCUGAAAUCUACAUCUCGCUGGAACUUUGCGUACAACCUCCCUCACAAUCAUCCCGCAAGAUGGGGCUUCGUAUGUUAUCGCCUGACCUAUAAACAAACCGACGCCGAAUGGUCGCAAUUCAUGCAUAAACUCAACCAGCAGCUAGGGAAACGAGGGCCAUAUGGAAUAGACAGCAGCAAAGAACUGGACAACCACCCCCGUUUACUCAUGAUAGAUGGGAGAGAUGAGGGUAUCGCAGAAGGCGACACGGCUGCUGCCCGCGAGCAUUUCCAAAAAAUCAUGGCUGAAUACGUCGAUAUAGGCCUUCGUCGUGUCCCCGAUGACGCUUUCCUCGCCAUUGAUUUCCAAACAGUCAAGUCGCAUGGCGCCGAAUCGAAACAGACGACCGAUUCUGCCGACAACGCGCCGCAUAUGCGUCUCGUUACUACCCUUAGCCCCGACGACAUAUUCGCGGCGAGCUGAAAGUUCUUACUAGCCUUGUUUU